AUGAAGUUCUACUUUGUUAUCCUGCUUUACGCUUGUUUAGAAUCUUUCCACGCGGCGAAUGCAAAGAAAGAUCUUUCCUCAGAGUUUACGAACUCAGCCGCUUUGGACGAAGCUCAGAAAGUAACAUUGUACUGGAGUGUGGACUGGAAGGCUAGAUCAAUUUCCUUUGCAGUGGAAGCACAAACUACUGGAUGGGUUGGUUUUGGGAUUUCAAGCGGCCGAGGGCAAAUGAUAGGAGCGGACAUCGUAAUUGGAGGAGUUACAGAUGAUGGAAAUCAAUAUUUUACGGUAGGAUAUGUAGGACUUGCGAGCCCGCUUUUCACUUAUUCCUUGCCAGAAAUACAAGCUCCUAAGACCUCAACAAUGUAGGAUCCCUUGGAGGUUCCGGUACAGACGCAAACUUCGGGUUUAUCUCUUGGUAGCUUGUGGUUCACCACAGGUAGCCCAAGUUCACAAGUGAAAAUCGUUGUUGGAUGACAAAGAGUAACUAAAGAAUACAUCAGAAUUGUUGACAUUGUCUCCACGGGUUAGAGGGGAGGACAGCUGACAUUUCAGACUACUUGUUUCCUCGUUAUAUGUAUAUUAUGCAUUAUUGGUAUUUUAGGCCGUUUCAAGGUGAUUUUUGGUCAGUUUUAGACCUGCCAUUACAAAUUAUUCAGUAUCAAUAUAUCAUUUCCCGGAAAGUGUUAUGCAAUAAUGACUCGCACACGUGAGCUUGGCGUUCAGUCAGGUAAAGAAGAGAUACCGUUACUACAAACACGACCAAACGACGCAACAAGCGACCAAUGACCGAGAACACACAGAAGGGAUGAAACCGUAUUUAAACCUGAUACAGAAUUCAUGAAUGAACCCCUAAUAAAUGAGUGGAGUGGUUCAAUAUGAGUCAAUAGAGAUAUCGUGUGUAACUAAAUAUUUGUAUUUCUAUUUUAUUUUUACUCCGUCCUAUAGAUAAUAUCUUAGUUGUACAAUAUCACUUAGUACAAGGUUGAUUAAACUACGUGUACAUAAUAAAAAAAGGAAAGUUAGAAUGGAGAAGGGCACAUUAUAGAACACUAAUUAUGGCCCUUUAACGAGAUUGACUUUAUCCUAAUGUAGCUUUGUUAUUCAUUAAAACACAAACACGCACGCACGCACACACACGCACUCAAGUCAAUAUUGAGCAAGAUAAUAUUUUUAAGGUCCUUUUCGAAAUUGCGAUGAUUUAUUGCGAAUAGAAAGGGGGAGAUCGUUCCAAUAGUAUUUUCCAAUAACGGCAGGGCAAAUUUUUCGAAUAUUAAUUCUUGAAUGGGGAAUGUGUAAUUAGGUAAUUGCUGAGCAGAUGCACUUCGUGUAAAAUAAUUAUGUUGCUCAGAUACAAGAAAUAAUGGAAAAUUACACGGCUUAUUAUCAGAGGCAUAAUCAUAUAAAAACAAACAAUUGUAAAUUUUAACAAUAUCACGAAAUUUUAAUAAACCUAGAGGAACAUAAUGAGGAGUGAUAUGAUCUUGUAAAGGAACGUCAUUGAUUAUUCUAACUGCUUUAUUUUGUAGACGUAUGAGCUGUGAUAAUAGAUUAUCAUAAUUAUUUCCCCACAAUAAGCAACCAUAUAUGAGAUGUAUGGGUAAUCAAGAGAAUAGUAAAUACUAGUUAAACAUUAAUUUCCUAGAUAACUGUUUAUCUUUGUCAUAAUAUUAAUACUCUUACUGACAUUAUCACAAACAUAGUCGAUAUGGUCAUGCCAGGAUAGGUGGGUGUCAUAUAGUUACCUAAGUAUUUAAUUUUGGAUACUUGCUCUAAGCAUUGGCCAGCUAUCGAUAUUUUAACUAAAUCAUCCCAUUUCUAUCCGUAGAUCGAAAACUCCAACAUUGUAUGUUUUUCUUUCUUUUUCUUUUCUUUUCUUUUUUUCAAUAGGACCGAUUUGCGUCUUCUUACAGCACUCCGGAAUUAGACUCGUCUCAGGAUUACAAGCUUAUUUCCCUGACAGAAACUGGCGGCAAAACAACCGUGAAGUUUGAACGCAAAUUUGAUACCUGCGACGACAAGGACAACAAAAUUGAGGUACGGCUUCUUAGUAUCAACCACAAGGAUCCAACGUGAAGAGGACCUCUGUCAGUUUCUCAAACUGUUUGAAAAAAUGCUAAACUUGUCUUUUUACUCUUUAGGAGGGAACAUCCAAGGUCAUUUUUGCUUACAAUGACGCAGACCCGACGUCAUCAGGUGCUUUUCUAAAGCAUACGUAUAAAGGGUCCCGAAGCGUGAUGUUACUGAACACUGGAGGCAAAACACCUAAACUACCUCCAAACAUAAAGUACCUUGAUAUACUUAACAAUAAGGUAAGAGCUAAUAAUACUCUUUUCUGUAGACAUAUUAAACUCUGCAAGCAGAAUAAUGCAAUUAAUGCUGAUCGUACUACGUGAAAAUUAACUCUGGAAGACAUCAACACUACACCCGGAAAGAAAUCAAAACAGAGCGGGAUUGUAGCCAUAGACAGCUGUUUCGCCCUUUUUGGGGCUCGUCAGUAUGGCGCAACAACCAGAGAAAGCUAUGAUGAAAAAUAUCCGCGCACCCUGAUUUAAGCCCUGACCUAGAACUCUCAACACCCACAGAAUCACGCCAUACCACGUGUCUUCUGGGGGGCAAGAGUCCAAGUGUCAAGUUGGAAAAAAUAAAGGGUAGGCCAAAACCAACCUCUAAAACAUGGACAGAACCAUGCAAGAAUUACAGCAUAUCAGAUAUAUAAAAGAUACUCUUUUCUGUCUUCACUCUUAUUUAUUCAUUUAUUCAUAAAGUAUGAGUCGUGUAGAUCCUGAAUAACCGCUUUUUGUAACUUUUAAAAUCAGUCUUGUCUAUUAAUGUAAAGCAGUGCACAGCUAUACCCAAAGGGCAGAAAACGAUAGCUUCAUGUAGUAUUGCGCCCUUCGUAAUGGACUCAUCCUCGUUCCCAGGGUAUUCUCGUUGUCUAAUAAGACAGCCGAGAAGCCCCUGGGAACAAGGUUGUCUUAGACCCGCUUUCAGCUUAACCCUAAGUAAGUCCCAAUAGUGACCAACAUCAAUUUUCUCCUAACAAUAUCCAUAUGUUGCCAAGAGAAAUGGUUCUGAGAGUUAAUAAAAUGAUCACUAAAGGGCAAGAGACUAUAAAGGGGACAGAGAGGCCAUCCCCCAUAUACACCCUAUUCCAUAGGUAAUUCGUCUCGAGUUAUUUUUAGAAUCGGGAUAAAGUUACCUCGCGCGAGGCGUGGAUGUUUCGUGGAGGUUUCGCAUGACCAAACGCCGUGCAAAACAUGUCGGGCGAGAGGCAAUGAAAGCGUAAAAAGAUCGAGAGCAUUCCUGAAUAUUGAAGCGAAAUGAGUCGGCGCUCACCUGGGAAAAAGGAAUCGCUGGACUCUUUGACAACCCGUGAAAUCAGUUUAACUCGAAGUUGUCGUAACCUCAGUGCUUUAAUAAAAUGAGAAAUUUCGCCGGUCUAUUGAAACCGGUCGUUUGUACAAUUUAGGGAGUUUAAGAUCCAACGACGCGGACGACAACUAGAACGUCAAAAAAACAAUAGGUUUAAUUAGCAAAACAACAACUUCGCACGUGCAACACACUUUUUUGUUCAUUUCUUUCCCGUUUUUGCACGACUACGACGUGAAAAUGCCUAAUUUCGCGUUUUAUGGAGGACGUAAAUAAGCAACGACGAAAUUUUAUUUCUCUUUCUGAGCUUGAAUAUGGUCCCUUGAAAUUCAGCUUUAGGAGGGUUCGCCUACAAUUGACAAAGUAAGUGGGUAGGAAUAAUCGCUAUAAAGACUGAAAAAAAUAAACAUCAAACCAGAAAUUGCUCUCUUCAAACUGUAAAUUAUAAAUGAUCCUGAGAGAAUAUUCAGUGUGUUAAGGAUUUCCCUGCUCUACUGUUAGCUCUAUACAAGAGAGGAAGGGCGAUUCUUUUUUAAUUUCGGUUUCGCUGACACAGCUUUCGCAGAAAUCUCGCUGUAGUCGUUUUCGUCGACAAAAGGAAUAGCAAAAUCGCUCUCCCCGUCUUCCCCCAUUUUGUUCUGCGUCAUUUCGUGAAGGACGCGUGGCUCUCAGCGUGGGUCAUCCACGCGGAACACAUUCCCGCUAUGUGAUUGGCUGUUGUCUAAUCCCCCUUGAGAUCUGUGGCGUUAAAAAUAACUCGAGACGAAUUACCUAUGGAAUAGGGUAUAUAUGGGGGAUGGCCUCUCUGUCCCCUUUAUAGUCUCUUGCUAAAGGGAAAAUGCAUUGAUCUGUUAUCAGGCGCUCUCAACUUAUUCUUUAAAGAAACGUAUGAAGAUCAGGAUGGAGAAUUUAUAAAUAGAUAUAUUGGGGCUUAAAGAGUAGAGAGAGUAAAGAAUAAAUUGAAAUGGUGCCUUUUAAGCGAAUAACUAUUUAUAGUUGUGAAAACACAGAAAGGCUGUUUUUUAUCAUUAGACCAAAGUUCCAGGAAACAAAACAGUGUACUGGUGCAACGUUUUUGAAAUCCCCAGGAUGGAAAAAGCACAUCAUGUAAUCAAGGUAUUUGCCUUUAUCUUCUCCAUCUCGUAUUCCUUAUUUAGUGGCGUGAUAACAAGUUCCAUGUGCAAACAAAUUUGACUCCAGUUAACUUACACUGGACAAAAAAAAUGAAUUUGCACAAAUAUGCUCUUAGCAAUACGUGGCAACAAUUCAAAAACUGGAGAGUAAAUCUGGGGCAAAUUCGCAUUUACCAUAUUUGCCCCAGAUUUACUCCUCAGUUUUUGCAUUUUUGAAACAUAUUUACCAUGAGAAAAUUUGUGCAAAUCAACAAAUCAGCAAUUCCUAUGAUCUGUUUUCUUAUCGACCAUAGAAAUGACGUGAAAUUGUUUAAGACUAAAGUGGAACCACGAGCCACAGGUGAGUGGUUUCACUGCAACGUGUGGAGCGUUUUGACGUCAUUUCUGUGGUCGAUAAAGAGUACAGACCAUGGAAAUUGUUGUCGAUUUGUUUUUACAAGAACAUUAACAGUUUCUGACGUCCAUUUCCGUUGACGUUUCUCUAAAAAAUCGCGUGUAAACAAAUUGCGCCACCAUCUCUGCACUCUAAUCCACCAUAGCUCUCGACCAAUCAGCGUGCGAGAAAUCGCUCAGUUAUUCUAAAAUCCAUUUUUUUCGUACAGUGUUAAAGGAUUCAAAGUAGCCCUACCAUCACCAUUGUCCAUAGACCUCAUCUUAAGAUAUGACCAUUUUAACUCGAUGAAACUUUCUAGCCUUGUUAGCAAUAUUCGCAUUUAGUAUUUAUUACUAUCACUUUGUUGGGAAUGGUGGCCCAUUUUGCGGGCUAAAAGCCCACUGAGAUAAACCAGUGAAAAAUGAGAAUGAAACAAUCGUACGAUGUAAGCAGCCAAUCAAAACUGAGAAACCAGUGCAAUGUUCGCGCCAAUUUCUCAUGUUUACUUGGAGCGUAAAGUUUUUCUUUCGUUGUUGUCUGAAUUUUCUACAUUUUCGACCUUUAGGACUAGAAAAGGGAAACGGUUAAGGAAUUUUAACGAACAUUUUUGCAACAGUCUCUUGGAGUAAACGCUUUUUACCUUUUCCUCAUUCCACUCCAGUGACCAAACGCAAAGAAACGUGGCCGGUUGCGCCAUGGUUAGGAAAACUUCAUGCGUGCUUCUGUUCUACAAAAUGCGGUAAAGGGCUAUAUUUUUAAAGUAGUCGAAAAACACAAGGGUGCAUUAUUAAUUUACUUUUAAUACUUUACUUGGUAAAUUAUUUUUUUAGGUAGAGCCUGUUGUUCAGAAAGGUCAUGAAGGACUGGUUCACCAUAUUUUGGUGUACGAAUGUUCCUAUGACUUCCCUACAGCCUUUCUAAAUCACUCUGGACACUGCUAUGACAGAUCAACCCCAGAGGCGAUCAUGAGGUGUGCUGGUCAGUCAACUGUGGCUGCUUGGGCCAUAGGAGGAGGGGUAAGAAUUGUAUACCAAAAAAAAACAUCAUCAUCCCCAGCUCUAUUAUCGUCAUCAUCAUCAUCAUCAUCAUCAUCAUCAUCAUCAUCAUCAUCAUCACCAUCACCAUCAAAGAGGCGAGUCGAUAUUACUACAUUGCGAUAUAUAUUACGGCAAUCAUCAACCAUUUAAUUAUACAGAUAGAUUUAAAGCUUUGCACGCUAAUUUUAUUUCGUCACACAUGAGUAGACACUAACUCACUGGCAGUCUACAACCAUGAGAAAUUGGACUCAGAAUUGUUAGCAUUUGAGUCGUAAUUGGAAGACACCAAGAUAUCCUUAAAUCAUUAACACGUAAUCAUCAAAUUUGGUUUUACAGAGUUUCUACUACCCUGAACAUGUGGGGCUGAAAAUCGGCACAGAUGAUACACCAAGAUAUGUUGUCAUGGAAACACAUUACGAUAACCCUGUUCAAAGAACUGGUGAGAGCCCCUUUAACCAUAAACACGAUUGCAAAAAUUUCCGAGGCUGGGCAGAGUACAAUAAGAGUAGCUGUACUUGAGCCGAUUCAUUAGUAGCAUUAAAUCAAUUAGGUUCAAUGGAAAAUUGUGUAUUGGCCGUGAAACGAUGGUAGUAGUAGUAGUAGUAGUAGUAGUAGCAGUAGUAAUAAUACACUUGAUAGCAGAUGAUUGGUAAUUCAUUAACCUUGCCUUUUAGUAUUUCACAAACAUCAGUAUGAUAAAAACGAUUUCACUCAACUGUCACUGGCACUUCCCUAAAAAGGACAGCUACAGUUGUUGCCCCGCGGACGUUCUUCAUACAGUCAUUUUGUUCUACUUUCAACGAAUUCUUCUCUUAGACAGACAGCAAGUGUUGGUCUUUUUUUUUUGUUUUUGUUUCUUCUAAACUUUAGACUUCGUGGACAGUUCAGGACUUCGUUUCUGGUACACGGAGCAAACUCGGAUGUAUGAUUCAGCCGUAAUAUUCAGCGGCUGGGAUGUCUCAUAUUUUAUGAUGAUACCACCAAAACAGAAAGAGUGGAAAAUCACAGGGUCCUGUCCAUCAGCCUGCACAAAGAAGGUUAGUUUACUGGAAAAAUUCAACGUUUAAUUAUGAGUGCAUCUAAAACGAGAACCACCAAACAAACAAACAAACAAACAAACAAAGAAAACAGCCAUUGCUGAAAGAGAAAUAGCAAGUUGGUGACUUAUUCUUUGCGAACUCUGUACACUUAAUUUGAUGAUAUAAUCCAUGCAUUUUAGAUACAAGAUUACAAGAGUGGUGGUAGUAGUGGUAGUAGUAGUAGUAGCAGCAGCAGCAGCAGCAGCAGUAGUAAUAGUAGUAGUAGUAGUAGUAGUAGUAGUAGUAGUAGUAGUAGUGGUGGUGGUGGUGGUGGUGGUGGUGGUGGUGGUGGUGGUGGUAGUAGUAGUAGUAGUAGUAGUAGUAGUAGUAGUAGUAGUAGUAGUAGCAGUAGUAAUAAUACUCAUAAAACUAAUUCUUAUAAUGAUAACGAUAACGAGAUAAUGACUGGGUGAUAAGGAUAAUGAUGAUUCACCAUUCAUCAUAAUCACAUACAUUAUUUCAUAUUUUGUAUAUGUUAUUGCCCCAGUGGUCCCAGUUGUUCAAAAGGUGGAUAUUACGCUCGGUCCACUCCGGCUAUCCAAUUCUCUAUUUUCCAAUUCCCCAUAAUACACUCUGUUUGCCCCCCAAAUUUUGCAUAAACCAUUGUUUUUAAAUGCUCCUGGGAGUAUUGCAUUUUCCCAAGAGCAUUUAAAAACAAUGGUUUAUGCAAAAUUUGGGGGGCAAACAGAGUGUAUUAUGGGGAAUUGGAAAAUAGUCAAUGGAUAAAUCUCUAUCCAUUAAAUAGCGCAAUUGGUUUCCGUGAUGAUUAUCCCCUGGGUAGUUAUAUUUAGUAUAUACUAAAACAGUGGAUAGUGUUUUUCGCGCGCUCUGAUUGGCUACUCAAUCAGUGAAUAUCCUGCACUAUUCACUGAUUCACCUCCAGUUCCUCCGAGCGAGCGACGCCAAACUCGCGUAAGUUGCGAGCAAACUGCCUUCCCGGUUUGCUGCCGUAAACAAACAAAGAAAUUUCACAACUAAUCAAGCAAGCUGUUUCCGAAAUACACGAAGAAGGUAACGAAGUUCUGAUUGGAAGUUUUAACAGGUAAAGCUUUGUCUUUUUGACACGAAUUUAUCGAUAAAACCGGUGAAAAAAUUUUUUGUUCACAAAUGUUAAUUAAGUUUAAGUCUUGCGUUACUUUAUUUAGUUGACUUGUUCAUAAAUAAACUUAAAACGAAAUUUAAUAAUCUUUUUUUUAUACAAGAAUUCACAACUCCUUUUGAAGAAAUUUCCCUGCAAGAGCUAAACAAAUGCCUCCAAAAGUUUUAAUUGUCGGCAAGAAAGAGCGACAGCCGCGGUUGCCCGGUCAUUACGCGCCAAAAUUAUAAUCGUUGGCAACAGUAUUUGAGUUAAAAAUCAUCAUUUUUGUGCUCAAUUAUCUCACUGUUUUAGUAUAUAGUAAAACAACUAUUCACCUCAGUGUCGGUGGCUAGUCGUGGAUAUUUACCUCAGUGCUUCGCAGUUCGGUAAAUAUCCAAGACUAGCCACCUCCACUUCGGUGAAUAAUUGUUAUAUAUAUAAAUUAUAUAUAUAUUGAAUGGUGCUAUCCAGCUAUUGAAAAACUGUGGCCAGUAUGUUAUUAAGAUAUGCGGUAUCACGCGCGAAUUCACGUGAGCAGUACUUGAGUAUCGUAGGUCUGGUCGUCGAUAAUCAUCAAUAUGUCAGAUUAACAACUUGAUUUUCGAUGUUUUAGGGCCUGAAAAAGUCUGCACUGCCAGGACAUAAAAUUAAAAUUUUCGCAGCCUUGCUUCAUACACAUUUAGCAGGUAAUAUUAGGGCUCCUGGUAAAAUCUGUAUGAAAAUCAAGUUUAAGAGUUUAAUCAAUGUGUGAACGUGCAUACAUGUGAAUCCAGAAAUAAACCAUCUCUCUAAAUCUCUCUCUAGAAAUGUUUUUCUCUCAAAGGACCGCUUGUAAGACUUAUUGAUGGUCCUUUCAUUGAACGAGCUACUUGAUACACUUGCUUUUUUGUAUCAGCAAGUGACGACGUAACGUCAUUUUAAUCUUUUUAUAUUGAUAUUCCAAGUAAAUAAUGGAACUGGGUUGAUAUCAAUAAAUGUUGUUGCACUUUCGUCGUGCCCGCUGACUAUGAAUAAUCUGUAUGCAUAAAAUGUGUUUUUAUUUUAGGUAGAAAGGUACGAGUCCAUCAUCUUAGGAAUGGAAAAGAGCUCAAGCAAAUUGUUUAUGACAACCAUUACGACUUCAACUUCCAAGUAUGUGCUUUGUGGUUGUGGAAAAAAAAAAUAGGAAAAGAAAAAUUGGCUCAGUUAAUUAUCGUCAUAGCCUUCACCGGUGUAGCCGCACCCUCCCCCUGAGAAAGAAAUGCGGUAGGAGGGAGGUGAGGGUGCGGCUAUAUUCAAGCUAUUGAAGAUGGUCGAGAUAAAAAGAAUGGUUGAACCCGCGUUACAUUUUAGGUUAUGGUAUUGAUCUCAUGGCUUCCUCUUUAAAUUUUAGGAAUAUCAGAUGCUGAAAGAAGAGGUAGAGGUUUUUCCGGUAAGUGACAAAUUACUGAUUUGACUAUUUCAACUUAUAAUUAAGAAAUACAGGAGCCUCAACACAUAAAAUAUCAAAGGGGACAGACAAAUAAGAAAAGGAACGGUAGCAAUCCUCAAAAGUUCAUAGGGAAACCGCAAAGGUACUAAUAAAAGACUUUAAGGUAUCUUUGAACCUGUUUAACACAGCUAGAUGUGUCCCCGAGUGGUUUUCUCAGGCAAGCAAAAUGAACAAAAGCAUUUCGAUAAGAAUAAGAAUGCAGGGAUCGCUAAAAGGCUGAGUUGCAUAUAUCUUUUCCUAAUCUCUCGUGUUCUAUUCCUAGGGUGAUGAAUUCAUGGUUACGUGCACUUACGAUUCGUCGGACAGAGAUCGCUUGACUUUCGUAAGUUUCAAAUCAAAAAGUAUGUAAGGAACUUAAGAGACUACACUCACUUGCGUAAAGUCUUGACACUGAUCCUCAGUCUCAAGACGACAAAGCCUUAGAGUAAAAAACAUCAUGAUCACUGAUUGAUGCUGUUAAAAAAAACAGAUCACAUGCAAUAACUUACAAAAUGAAUUAACAGUUAUUGGACGAGGUUGAGCAAAAUAUCGUAUUUGCUGGUCACUUUGUGGGCUCUCGACUAAUGAAAAGGAAGAAAAAUUCGCAUCGAAUGAUAAUGACGUUUCUUGUGCUUUUUGAGUAGCAGGCUAGUCGUCACAGUUUGUCUUCAUUAGACCUAGACAACCUCCACCAGUCAUCAAACCAAUCAAUGCAGAAUGUAGAAACCUAAAAAAUACAACCUUUUGUCGACAGUGAUAAGUACCAACAGCACAAAGCUUUGCCCAAAGCAAGGUGUUUUGCUUUUCAUUAACUCCGCCAGCAAAUAAGUUAGCCAACACAACUAAUUACGUUCUAACUGAUUAUUCUUUAGGGAGGUUUUCAGACGACGGACGAGAUGUGCGUUGCUUUUCUGAUGUACUACCCAAGCGCUAAUUUUACGAAAUGUGCCAUUUUUGCUCGAGCUGCCGCAACGGAACUGUUUUCCAAAUAUGCACGGUAAGAGAUACAUUUUUCUCAAAGACAACGAAAAGAAGAAGGCGUCCGGCAUUUUUAUUGUUCGCACAAACCCCCUUUUUGGUCUUUAAUUCAGGUACCAUAGAAGGUAAUAACGGCGGCGUAAAACGUCUAAAGUUUUGACUGCCCUUUUAAUUUCUCAGUUUCAGUCCAAUGAAACUCCCUUUCUCGGGCUUAGGCCAAUUGCUCGUAUAUCCUCGUAACUAUAGCACCGGUUUGUUGAGCCUAUUCAUUAAGUACUUUGUUAGACAGCCCAUGAAGAAAAAAAAAAAUUUCUUCAAAUUUAUCGAAGCAAAUCUCAGCGAGUGGUUUGCAUUCGCGGUCAACGUUACCCUCUGAUGUCACAGAUCUUAAAGUGUUGCUCGCUUCGACAGUUCUCGCGGACAGCAGUUUUAUUGUUAGAUGUCACGCUACCUCAAAGUAACCAAUAAAAACGCGCGCUGAUGGGGGUAAGAAUCCAACUUCAAUAAAAUCCCAUACACCAGCUGUUUAAGGAGCGUUGCUAAAUAAACUAAAUGUUUUUUUAUUAAGUUGCUUCCUUUCCCUUACCACAGGAAUGGAACACAUCGGAUCCCUUUCCAGCCAAAAAUAUGGACCAGUGAAAUGACACAAGAUCUGCGAGCAGCUUAUGACGCGGAUCUUGAACUUGAUGUGAGU